CAGGACUGAAGUCGAGAACGUGAAGACAGCGGAGUCGAACGUGAAGCCUGAAGGGCUUCGAGGGCAUUGGCAUGGCGUCUCUCCUGCGGGCCCAGCCUCUAUUGGAGUGCUGGUGCGAGGGGCUGGGGUGUGGUGUGAGCGUUGCUGGAAGCAAUGCCGCUCUUUCGCGAACGUACCUAGUUCUGCCACGGACUGCAAGCGGGGCAGUCGCUGCCAGGAAGGAUGUCAGGUGGCGGGAAAACCGGGUUCCUUCUCGAAGUUCAUUACGGGGCCGCUCAAGCAGGAAAAACACUCUCGUAGCGACUCCAUUUGCUGUACAUAAUAGCCGCAGCGACCUUGUUCCAACUCAGUUGAGUAGACAGUCAUCGGUCGGUAGGCGACACUGGGCCGCAAUUUUGUUCCGAGCUAGAGCGCUUACGCAGAGCAUCUCAACGUCCAUUGCAUUAGCGUUGCAGGGGUCGGUUCCCUUUGAUGAUGCGUACGUGAGGAGGGUGCGGCGCCGAAUAUGGACGCUGUUUGUGGGGGCUGCCGCGGCCAUGGUUGUGUGCGCUGGUUCGUGGGCCGUUCUUCCUACUCCAGCUGCGUCUGCAUUGACCGAGGAGAACCUAGUGUUUCUAGAGGCGUGGAGGACGGUAGACCGUGCGUACAUUGACAAGACGUUCAACGGGCAGAACUGGUUCAAAUACCGGGAGAACGCGCUCAAGAACGCGCCAAUGAACGACAGGGACGAAACUUAUGCUGCCAUCCGGAAGAUGCUGGCAACUCUGGAUGACCCAUUCACAAGGUUCCUGGAGCCAGAAAAGUUUAGGUCCUUGAAGUCGGGCGCCCAGGGUGCGGUGACCGGUGUUGGUCUUGAGGUCGGGUUCAACAGCAGCACCCCUCCGAUGCUCGUGGUGGUGACACCUGUCACGGGGGGGCCAGCCGACAAAGCGGGGGUACAACCAGGGGACGCCAUCCUGGCCAUCGACGAUACCACGACGGAAGGGAUGGGCCUAUACGAUGCCGCACAGAGGCUGCAGGGACCAAUUGAUAGCGAGGUGGUCGUGACAAUACGGAGAAAUGGAAGCGGGAAGAGCGAGACAGUGCAAAUAAAGCGGCAGAAGAUCACCCUGAACCCGGUGUCUUCGAAGCUGUGCACUCCGGGCAACGGGGCCGACAAGCUGGGCUACAUUCGGCUCUCGACCUUCAACAGCAACUCGACGGCGGCUGUGCGGGAGGCGAUUGAGAAGCUCAAGGAAGAGGGGGCGAAGGCGUACGUGCUGGACAUUCGGAACAACAGCGGCGGGCUGUUCCCGUCGGGCGUGGAGGUGGCCAAGAUGUGGCUGGACCGCGGCGUGAUCGUGUUCAUCGAGGACAGCAAGGGCAUCCGCGACAUCUACGAGCAGGACGACCCCGGCUCCGCCAUCUCGGUGCGCGAGCCGCUCGCGGUGCUGGUCAACAAGGGCACGGCCAGCGCGAGCGAGAUCCUGGCGGGGGCGCUCAAAGACAACAAGCGCGCGGUUAUCCUGGGGGAGCCCACGUUUGGAAAAGGGAAGAUUCAGUCCGUCUUUGCCCUCUCCGACGGCUCCGGCCUAGCCGUUACGAUUGCGCGCUAUGUGACGCCUGCCAAGAUCGACAUUGACAAGGUUGGCAUCACCCCAGAUCGGCCACUGCCGGGUCCACUUCCAGCGAACGGCGACGAUUUCUGCAAGCUGAUUGCCGAUCCUUCUGCAGAGGGGUACAUAGACGUCAAAGAUUUGUUUGCUAAGAGCAGGUGAUUUGUGCACCGGGAACAAGUGAACAAGCACGCAAGGACCCGGCCCGGGGCGAGGUAGUGUGCUCACAGGUAAAGGUUUGUACUGUUGAAGAGUUCUUUGACUGUACUGCAUUGCAGGCACGGCAGGUAUGCAGGGCCAAUGAGGUGAAUCUGUAGGUACAGCUUGCAGUGCUAUAGUAGCACUCCUUUGUGGACUUUACCAGCUGCCGUACGCAAACUGGUGCCAAUAUCAUUCCUGUCAUUGAAAGUGCCAGCCAUUAAGGCGCCAUCUCAGUCGUAAGUUCAACGGCAGUUGCAAAACGGUGACCACAAGCCCCGCCCG